CCUCAUGUAUGUUUUUCAGGCCACCAGUGCCUUGUCCAUGGGAAGGAUGUACUAGAAAGUUGUCUUCUAAAGUAGGAUUAUACAAUCACCUGAGAAUGCAUCGUGGAGAAGCUGAUUUUAAAUGUUCACAUUGUGGUAAAGGUUUCUUCAAAAGAAGUAUGCUUAAAAGCCACAUGAAGAUCCACCAGCAUUCAGUGAGGAACACCACGUUAAUACCAACUCCUAUCAACAACCAUCAAGAAACAUGGGCAGAGAUCCAGAUGGAGAACCUUCACAUUGAUCAGAGUCAGGAACAACAAGUGGUCACUGGAGUGGAGAUGAUCCAAUUGAUUUGUGCUAGUUGCUUGAAUGGCUUUGACUCUGAAGAAAACUUUGCUAAGCAUAUAUGUACUGGACAAGAGAAUUCUGAUAGUAGUGUGGCUGCUGAGGCGAUUCUUGGUAACGGAGAACAGCAACAUGUGAUCAUUCAGACAGCUGAAGACCAGGAGACCAUAAAUAUAAAUCAGGAAGAUCUGGCAGCCAGUUUAAUAGGAGAGGUCAGCCAGGAAGAAGUGGCCGAUGACCAAGUUGAAGUACCUCAGGCCAUGGACACUUUGUCUCAUGAAGGACACUUUGAAUUACAAGCAGUUGGAGAAAAUGGUGAGACCCAGAAUGUGUCUGUAGAGAAUAAUCUUGGACUUCUUAUGUCCAUGAUGCAGGCAAACACUGGCCAAGUCACAUCUGUAGAGCUACCUUCUGGACACGGUGAUAUAUCUAGCUUAGUAGUCAGUAGUGCCUCUCAGCUGAACUUCACCAGCAAUGAUACCACUGUUGUCACUGCUGGUGACAUGAAUCUAGCUUCACCUAUAGUUAGUUCGCUAUCUUCAUCUAAUGUCCAGCAUGUUGCUGUGGCUGACCAAGAGUCAAUAGUGAUGAUGGUAUCUGGAGAUGAUGAGGACAACCAGCAACACAUUCCGAUGGAACUAUCUGGAGAUCAACCAUUCACAAGUGCAGCUGUGGUUAAUGUCCCCACUUCAGAUGGUGGGUCGAGGGUGCUAUUAAUUCCAAUCAGUUCAACAGAUGGUCAGAAUACUGUUCUUACUCUCCCUCAUGGAAUCACGCUAGAUUCAGACUGUGGAGAUGUCAACAUGACAGUUACCAUGGGGGCUCCUAGCAGUGACAGUGAACAGGCUUACUUAACCUUGCCAGUAAGUGAUGUUGAUGGACUGUUAGAGGCAACAUCAGACUCCACGUCACAGGAGAGUGAGGUGAUUCCUCCUCCAGAUGAUAGUGGUGACCUUUCAAACUGAGUUUCUGUACAACUUAACCUAGUUGACUGUUGUUUUUUUAUAUCUGUUUUUACCCACCAACAAUUGAAGGUAGUCCUACAAGAAAAGAACUCUCUCAUUUUCAUAGCUUCAGAAUGCAUUUGUAUGUCUUUUUGUUAUUUGCUACAACAAAUGCAUCAUUUUGUACAGGCUAGUUUCUUGACAUAAAAUCAUCAAGCAAAGUUUGGGGCAUUUUCUCAUUUGUUCUUUAUUGUAAUGCGACCUUAUGAAGCCAUACUUGUAAAUGUAUCAUACGUGAAUAAAAAACAUCUUAUGGUAUUA